AUGGCCGCAUCCGUCAAUAGCUAUUUCGUCCCCGGCUACGGUAUCUCUCGAACAGUCAUACAACACGAGAUUCGGUAUUACUGCGGUUCAGAUGCGAUAGUAAGACGGUACACACAUGAGGGUCGAGAUGGCUUCCUCGUCACGACAUCAGGCCCACCCUUGACGCAAGCGCAGAUAGAGGACAUCAAGAACGCUUCGAGAGAUUACGAAGAGAGACAGGCCGGUCGAGGCCGCGACGGAGCUGGAUUGUUCGUCAACCGUCCAAUCCCAGUUGGCCAACAGGUGCGGCGGAGUAGUUGA